AUGGCGGGUGUCGCUACAGCGGCGUAUUCUGCAGAUGCCUUAGCAUCGCCCGUGGAUGGCUCGCAAUGGGAUUUUGCGGUGCCACUUGCGAACGAGGAGAACCACCACUUAUCGAAACAACGCGACUCGCACGACUCGAAUUCCAUCCGCGCUAAAUUUUCUCGACAGCGUACCUCGAACGGCUCACGCAGCUCCUCGGUCUCCCGCAAUGUCCACGCACAUGAAUCGCCCUAUUUAGCCUCAAACCGGGGACGGAGGGAACCCAGUCUCAACCGACAUGGGAGUGAAGUAGGCAGUGUGCGAGAUGCUCUUGGUCACGAGGCAGCCGGUCGUAAAGAGCCCGAGGAGGGCAAUGAUGGCCUUAAAUUGUACCUGGACGGAAAGACGAAUCAGGAAAAAUGGAUACACCGAGACAAACUGGCGAAGAUCGAGAGUGAGGAGCUUCACCAGGCAGCCAUUCUCUUUCAGCGACGGAUGAGAGGAGAAAGCAAAUCGAGUGCGGGACGUGGGAGGAGCCAUGAUUCACAGCAGAACCCUGCUAAUGGGACUGGUACAGCAACCUCACCCGCCACAGAAUACUCCGAACCCUGGCCGAAAGUAAGGGAAGAACUCGGCAAGCGGAAUGUGAAUGACAAUGUAGAUGACGAUGAGCGGGAACAUUGGGAUCUCCGCCGACCAGAGGAGAUUGCUGCGGACGAUGCAGCCGCCAGCAUCUACAGCCACCCAAGCCUUGGAAAAAGCGCCUCCCGAAUACCCGUCUCUACAGUUAGUCCAGUUCCCAUACCCGGCGCCCUGGGCCGCGAUUCUCGCAGUUCACGGAGCCGUGCCGCAACAGAUGAAGAAGACCGGUCUUCACGGGGCCGCAGAGCCAGCGAGCCUAUCAACAUUGAGCAAGAUGGUUCGACUCCUUCUCCAGAAAGCCGACCGGGCAGCCGUGGAUUCAGCAGUACACAAAACACUCCGGGCAAGAAGACAGUCAAGGGCACCGGCUCUACCAAUCGAAAGACCUCUGCUCCACCCACGAACAGGAAGGCCAGCACUCCUCGAUCUCGUGCUGUCUCCGGUAACAACACACAGCGCCCUACCACUCGGUCAGGUGAAAGUCGUCCUCCAACAGCCGCUAACCGGCCCGAAGGAGACCCGCCGUGGUUGGCAACCAUGUACAAGCCCGAUCCUCGCCUUCCACCAGACCAACAGAUGAUCCCGACCGUCGCCAAAAAGAUUAUGCAGGAGCAAUGGGAGAAGGAAGGCCGGACACCGAACACAUACGACCGCAACUUCGCGCCCCUCGCAGUGCACCCAUUCGAUGCGCCACCUCCUGUAGCCAACAAGGUCGAGCCAGAACAGCAGCCAGUCGAGUCUCUACAGCUCGAAGAGUUGCCGCCUCGGCCGUCAAAGAGUCCAGAACCACCCCGUCCGAAUACAAGUACCGGCUACAGUACCAUGCCCAAGGUGCAGGACACACCCCCAAUGGGACUGACACCCAACCCCAACCCGAACUGGAGCCCUCCAGUUGUCACCGCGCAGCAGCCACUAAAGAAAGAGAAGAGCUGCGGAUGUUGCAUUGUGAUGUGA